GCCCCGGGCCGGGAAGAGCCGCCGUCCGGAGCAUGGGGAGCUGCUGGCUGCGCCUCGCCGUGCUGCUCGCCCUGGGCGCCCGGCCCAGCCUGGAGUACCAGGGAUCGGGAUACUCACCCCUUGAAGAUGACGAGGAUGUGUAUGCACGCAAUAGAUAUAAAGAAACACCGUGGUGCUCGCCUAUUAAAGUGAAACACGGUUAUGCAAACUGCAGGACACCUCAAGGGGAAUAUUACAAGAAUGUAUUGGGCACAAGAUGUGAUAUUCGCUGUCAAAAAGGCUACGAACUGCAUGGCCCUCACCAGCUAAUCUGUCAGUCAAGCAAACGCUGGUCUGGGAAAGCGCUGUGCAAACAAAAGCGCUGCCCCACCUUAUCCAUGCCGACCAAUGGGGGCUUCAAGUGUUUGGAUGGUGCUUAUUUUGGCUCGAGGUGUGAGUAUUACUGCUCUCCUGGAUACCAGCUGAAAGGAGACCGGAUAGUGACGUGCAUGGAUAACAAAGUGUGGAGUGGCCGCCCAGCGUCCUGCGUUGACACUGAACCUCCAAGAAUCCAGUGCCCAAGUGUGAAGGAGAAAACCGCAGAGCCCAACAAGCUGACAGCCAGAGUGUUCUGGGACACCCCAGAGGGACGGGACACUGCUGAUGGGAUUCUGACAGAUGUUAUUUUGAAAGGCCUGCCACCAGGGUCACAUUUUCCAGAAGGCGACCACAAAAUCCAAUAUACUGUCUAUGACAGAGCUGAAAACAAAGGCACCUGCAAAUUUCUUGUUAAAGUCAGAGUCAGGCGCUGUGUGAAAUUAAAUGCCCCAGACAAUGGCUACAUCAAGUGUUCAGGGGACGGAAAUAACUACGGUGCUACAUGCGAGUUCUCCUGCAUUGGUGGCUACGAGCUGCAAGGAAGCCCAGCCAGGGUGUGCCAGUACAAUUUGGGGUGGUCAGGAGUGGAGCCAACCUGUGCACCCAUGAAUAUUAAUGUGAAUGUGAGGAGUGCAGCUGCGCUUCUGGAUCAAUUUUAUGAGAAGCGGAGACUGCUAAUUAUUUCAACUCCUACUGCAGCCAACUUCUUCUACAGGAUGCAGCUGGGAAUGCUGCAGCCAGCACAGUGUGGGUUAGACCUCCGACACAUUACCGUGGUUGAACUGGUUGGUGUGUUCCCAGCCCAGAUAGGAAGAAUAGGUGUAAAGCUGCUGUCUCCAUCUCUUUCCCUGAAACUCAGGCUGCUGCUGAGGAUCCCCCAUUACAAUUUCAACAUUGUGGUGAUGGACAAGCACGGAAUGGACAAGGAACGUUAUCCUUUCCCAGCAACACCAGCUGAGCUCUUUGCCCUUAUUGACAAAUUUCCCUUGAGAAAAGAGGAGAUGAAACUGCAAGCAGAAAUUGGUCAAUCAUGUCCCUAACUCAGGAUUUCUGGGCUCACAAUUCUCAGUGAGCUUUUUUUUAAUUCACACAAUUCUCUCCUUGGUGCUACACAAAGCAUGGCUUUAUUAAUCACCGAUGUGAUUUUUUGUGUGUAUCGGUAAGUCUGUCCAGCCGUGUAGCUGCUCUGCAUAGAAGUAUGCAAGAUGCUUUUUUGUACUUUCAGUCAUCUUUCAAUCACAGAAUGGCCUGGGUUGGAAUGGACCUUAAAGAUAAUCCAGUUCCAACCUGCCUGCCAUAGGCAGGGAUACC